AUGGCUGAGGGUGAGGGUGUAAAGGGGGAACGAAAUGUGAGGAUUAUAGCGGCCGAAGAUAGGAAUGGGGGAGAGAGAAGUCCGGCUAUAAUGUACGAAGGACAGGACAAGAAUCCGGAGAUGUGCCGGGUGCUGCUGACCCACGAGAUCAUGUGCAGUCGUUGCUGCGAUAAGAAGAGUUGCGGCAACAGAAACGAGACGCCUUCGGAUCCGGUGAUAAUAGACAGAUUUUUCCUCAAGUUCUUCCUGAAGUGCAACCAGAACUGCCUGAAAAACGCGGGGAAUCCGCGCGACAUGCGCCGUUUUCAGGUGGUGAUCGCAACGCAGGUAUCAGUCGAUGGACCUCUUCUCGCCAUCUCCGACAACAUGUUCGUGCACAACAACUCGAAGCACGGCCGACGCGCGAAGAGAUUGGACCCGGCCGAAGGUAGCUAUGUGAACAGUCUCUACCCUCCGCUUCCGGUCGCCACCCCCUGCAUCAAGGCCAUCAGUCCGAGCGAAGGAUGGACUUCCGGCGGAAGUACCGUCAUCAUAGUAGGCGACAACUUCUUCGACGGUCUUCAGGUCGUCUUCGGCACGAUGCUCGUCUGGAGCGAGUUGAUUACUCCACACGCGAUAAGAGUACAAACGCCUCCAAGACACAUACCAGGAGUAGUGGAAGUCACCUUGUCGUACAAAUCAAAGCAGUUCUGCAAAGGAGCGCCCGGCAGAUUCGUCUACGUCUCAGCUCUCAACGAACCGACGAUAGAUUACGGCUUCCAGAGGCUCCAGAAGCUGAUACCGAGGCAUCCAGGUGAUCCAGAAAAACUACCGAAGGAGAUUAUAUUGAAAAGAGCCGCCGAUUUGGCUGAAGCUCUAUACACGAUGCCGAGGAACAAUCAGCUCUCGCUUUCCGGUCCUCGUUCGCCGACGAUGAGCAAUAACGGCAUGACCUCGACCUUCAACACGUACACGGGUCAAUUGGCGGUCAGCGUGCAGGACAGCGGAAACGGUCAGUGGACAGAAGAAGAGUACGGGGGCAGCAGGACGCAGAGCAGCAGCGUUUCGCCGCGCGGUGGUGGAUACUGCUCGAGCGCCUCCACGCCGCACUCCUCCAACGGCGGCGGUUCGUACGGCGGCGGAAGCGGAAGUGGUGGAGGAGGAGGAGGAUCAAGUGGAGGUGGAGGAGGCGGCGGCGGUGGUAACAUGAACGGAUACGGGGGUUCGACCCCCACGAGCACGGCGCAACUCUCCAACAUGCUGCCGGGAUCACCGUCCGCCGGCAUCUUCAACUCAACACCGAUAGCGCAAGACGGGCAUUAUCAUUUCGGCAACGGCUCGGACAAAGAGAAAAGCGCCUUCGCCCCGGUGGUAAGGGGCUGCUCGCCGCCUCCGCCCCAUCAACAGCCGCCCCCGCUUGCCCAUCACCAUCCUCCCGCCCCUGCACUUUUCCAGCACCAACCGAUCACCGGUUGGCAUCAUCUCGCUGUACAAUUUUCCACUUCUUUUUUUUUCAACGUCCGAAUGGGUCUAGUGUCUUCGCCGUUCGCAUCGAUGAACCCGUUCGCCUUGCCGACCUGCAACGCCCAGAGCUACGGAGCGCCGCUCGUCGGGACGACGAAAUAGCCGUUGGGGUCGGAGGUCGGAUCCCCCAGCCCGACGGAGACGACGUCCAUACAACAACAACCAAUGUACCAAGUGUAAUCGAACGCUCAUCCAACUCUAACAACAACAACAAGAAACGAAAGGACGAACGAAGCUCAUAUCUAUUGCACGUCUACUUUAACUGUGAUCACAUUAACUAAAAAAACAUUAAAUACUUGUGCGAAUCAUAAAACCCGCAAUCAAAAGAAACUACACAAGUAUUUAAGUGAGCGUCGAUUGAAAAAAACAAAAAAAAAACAAACAAAAUCGACUUGAAUCUUAAUCAUAUCCAUGACGACGACAACAAAAACAAACAUUAAUUAAUUGAAUAUAAACAUAUCGCUUCAAGCUGGGAAAUCUUAAGUAAACGAAAUUUUUUGAACCCAACACACACACGUAUUUCGUAGUUUUGUAUAAACAUUAUCUUAAUUAAUUAUUAUCUUAGAACUUAAACCGGUGUACAUAACGAAACUGUACAAAAAUUGUUUAUAAACUACACAGAUUUAGCA